AUGGCGGAGGAUUUCUCAGAUAAGCUGCGUAAUUUUAAGCUCUCGGAUAAGGAGGAGAAGGGCCUGGAAAUUUCGGAGGCAGAUUUUGAAGUGGGGCUGAAGGAAUGUCAACAAAGUCUCUUGGGAAAAAUAUUUGGGGAAAAAAAGGCAAAUUAUAACGGAUUGAAGGCCACUCUAAACAGUAUCUGGGUAACUAAGGAGCAAUUUUACAUCAAAAGCAUAGGCCCGAACCUGUUCCAAUUCUUUUUCGAGACCAAAGAGGAUAAGGAAAAGAUAUUGCAAGGAAAGAGCUGGACGUUUGAUGGGCAGUAUAUCCUUCUCAAGGAUUGGAAACCAGAAGCGCAUGUGUUUACAGAGGAGGAUGAGAAGGUUCAGAUUUGGGUCCAAAUUCAUAACCUCCCACUACACUGGUUGACUUUGGAGUUGGGGCUGAGGAUUGGGGGAGUUAUAGGGAAGGUAGUGAAUGUUCAAGUUCCAAGUGCAGAGAGCUCCAAUGGGCAUAUUAUGAAGGUGCAAGUUGAGUUGAACCUCAGAGAGCCAAUACCAAGAGGCACAAAAAUCAAACUAGGGACUCAUAACCGAUGGGUAAGUUUCAGGUAUGAAAAUCUCCAAUCUUUCUGUUUUUACUGUGGUCUGAUUGGCCAUAUAGACAAAAAUUGUCACUCUAAAAAAGAUGAUCUGGCCAAUAAUGUGCUAAACAUGGGGCAAUAUGGAGAAUGGUUGAAAGUGGGCCCUAGUUUUUUCAGUGAGUCUAAGUCUUAUAAAUCAUCCAGCUCAGGAGGAGGAGGUGAGGGAGAUACUGAUAAAUCAUCCAACCAAGUCCUGAGAUUGGAGUGUCCUAGAGUGAGUGCAGGGGAAACCUCAUGGAGAGGUGACCCUGUGCAGCCAAAUCAGAAUAGUACCCAAAGAGGGGUUGAUAAGAUAGGGCAAGAGGGGAGUGGUCCUGAGAGUAGAAUUCAUUCUGAUCCCACAGAUUUAAAUGUUUGUCAGUCCACUUUGGAGACAGUUGAGAGAGAAGCUCAACUUGUGGAAGUGGAAGUCCAGCCAGCCCCAAUAGAUAACAGGAGUUCUUCCAAGAGGAGGAAACCAAUCUUGAGGAGGCUAGAAGAUAAUACUCUAAAAGUGUCUGCAAAUAUGGAUGUGGAUGCAGAUGGAGAAAACUUUGAGUCUGAGGAGUGCUGCCUUUUGUGUAUUGUUGAGAUGGAGGGGUACCCAAUAUGGAUUCCUCCAUCCUGGGCUCUUUUUCUUUGCUUAGCUUCAGCAAUUGUGUCUGCAUAG